AUGGAAGAUCAAGCUGUUGACACCCGUCCGCAAAAAAGAGUCAAACUCGACACUGACCAGGUGGACUUAAUUACAUUGUCUCCUGAUCAAGCUAGCGGCUCAUCUACCAUAGCCAAGAAUCUAACAAUGGAUGACGGCGCAAAAGAAUGCGAGGUAGGUAUCACUGCCUUUGUCGACGGAGAUAGAAGCCUCUUUCGAGGGAUUCUUAAGAAGAGAUAUACAGAUUUCAUGGUCAACGAGAUCUUGCCUUGCGGAACCGUGCUGCACCUCCGAUCGAUGAGUGCCAAAGGCCUGCAAGUGCAAAAUUCACGCAAUAAUGGUGCAGAGGCUCCCGUGCAAGACGUCCUUGAACAUGCAAGGCACGAGGCAGUGGCAUCGGAGCCUCCUACGGCGGAACUCGAGUCAAAAGAGACGGGGAUCCCGGGAAAGGCUAAGAGUUUAGAUGACUCUAAAGAAGACGACAUAGGCAUCCAGAACCCAGAGGUAAAUUCCCUAUCACUUGAGAAUUUGGUCAGGACUGACGAAUUACAGAUUUCCGCCGAUGAUCGCGUUAAACUUCUCGAGUAUUUCAGCGAGGAAAUAGUGGCACAGAUGAUCUCCCUGUAUGAAUCAAUUCUUCGAAAUCCUGGUAAGAAGUCUCGAGAAUAUUCGACCGUUCGGACAGCAUUCACCUCCGACCGCAGUCUGCGGUCAAAAAUCCAUCAGGAGAUCCGUCGCAUUUUCCGCAGCAAGAUCGACUCUACGACAGACAAUGAGGGUAUAUUGGUCCUCACUGCAACAGCCAUGUCGUCGAACAACAGUCGUAACCGCGGCUGGACAAAGCCCAAGGAAAAGUCUUCGCGACCGGGAAAACUGAGCUGGUUGGAUCGUGGUGGUGAAUACAUCCAUUUCACUCUCUACAAGGAAAACAAGGACACGCUUGAGGUCAUUUCAUACCUGACGAAACAACUCAAGACUAACAACAAGACGUUUCAGUUUGCGGGGACGAAAGAUCGGCGUGCUGUGACCGUGCAAAGAGCCAGCGCUUACCGUAUCGAAGCAGAGCGAUUGGCCGCAUUGAACCGUACCCUACGAUAUGCGGCGGUGGGAGAUUUCGAGUACCAGAAACGUGGCCUGGAACUUGGUGAUUUAACUGGAAACGAGUUUGUGGUCACGUUGAGAGACUGCCACCUUGAUGAAUCGACCCCGGAACAGAGCACCGCCGAGAGGAAGGCUGCCGUUCAGUCCUACCUCUCACGGUCGCUCCAUCAGCUCUACAAGCAUGGCUUUUUGAAUUACUACGGUCUGCAACGUUUUGGGACUUUUGCUACCCGUACCGACGUCGUUGGUUUGAAGAUUCUCAAGGAUGACUUCAAGGGCGCCUGCGACGCAAUACUCGAAUUUUCGCCUGUGGCGUUGAACAAGUCUCAGCCCCCGGACAACGGCGUCCUCGUGAGCCAAGACGACCGAUCUCGUGCUGAAGGUAUCAAUAUAUGGCGCACGACCGGUAGGAUCAACGAUGCUCUCGACAAGAUUCCGCGCAAGUUUUCUGCCGAAACAGCCUUGAUACGCCAUUUAGGUAAACGCCCGCAGGACUAUUUGGGCGCUCUACUUGGAAUUCAGCGCAAUCUGAGGCUUAUGUAUGUCCAUGCCUAUCAGUCCUUUGUGUGGAAUCUUGCCGUGGGUGAACGGUGGCGGUUAUUCGGUGGCAUGGUCGUGGAAGGCGAUCUAGUGCUGGUCCACGAGCACCGAGAGAAGCAAAUCGCCGAGGAACCACUGAAGGAGACGGUGGACGCAGAUGGAGAAGUUGUCAUCGAACCAUCUGGCGAUGAUCGCGCCUACGAUGUCGACGACAGGUUUGAGCGCGCCCGCGCGCUCAGCGCCGCCGAAGUAGACAGCGGCCAAUACUCCAUCUUCGACAUCGUCUUGCCUCUGCCGGGAUUUGACGUCGUCUACCCCGCCAACGCGAGCGGCGAAUGGUACAAGACAUUCAUGGCGAGCGAAGCAGGCGGUCGACUCGACCCGUACAACAUGCGCAGGAAGCAAAAGGACUUUAGUCUGAGUGGCGGGUACCGCAAAGUCCUGGCGCGGAUCGGAGAGACAUUCGAGGUCAGCGUCCACGAGUACGGCGACCGAGACAGUGACAAGCAAUUCGUCGAGACCGACAUGGAGCGGAUCCAGCGGGAAAAGCUGGCGUUGCAACAAGAAGAACCAUCCGAGACCGCUGCAAAUGAAGGUCCAAGCCGAACUCCGACAACGGACGUCGUCGCCGUCCCCGAUGCCGCAGAGCAGCAGCCUCAACAACCGCCGCACGGAGCGGACGCCAAAGACAGCGACAACAACGGCGAAAUACCCAAAAACACCACGCCGCCGCCGCCGAGCAGUCCGACGCUCAAGCUCGCUGCCGUGCUCAAGUUCCAGCUCGGUUCAAGCCAGUAUGCGACAAUGGCGCUGAGAGAGCUAUCCAACGGCGGUAUUCAGGCCUACAAAGCCGAAUUUACGGGCGGGAGGUAA